AUGUCCGUUGAACAGAAUAUGUUUACCACAAAUGAUGAUUGCAAUAAUGAUACAACUAAUGUAGAUAGUGCGCCUGCUGUGCAUGUAGACGAUGUACAGCGUAUGGAAGCUCGUCUCUUAAAACUGCUAGAUGAAUUCAAUGCAGGGAAGUCAUCGUCGUUCGGUCCCAGUUGCCCAUAUGAGAAACUUGAUUCAAUUCGAGAGCAGCAAGAAGAGCUGAUGCGAUUACACUUUGAGCAAGAUAAAAAGAUGAUGUCAAUCCUUGAGUCAAGCUCCUCACUUGGUCGGCGACCUGUCAGAGCGCUUUUAACUGACGAAGGUCGGAAAACUACGAAAGCAAAUGUUGACGCUUUGGUCACACGGCUGGAAUCCUUAAGCUACGCAAUACACAAUUUACACUAUGCCAACAGACCUCGACCAUGA